AUGUUUCAAUCUUUUCGUUUUCCGUCGCCUGUUGGAUUUAUUAAAUUGCCAUUUUCUGUUUCUAAACCAGAAAUGGUUCGACCAGAAAACUCGCCCAAAUCGUCAACCUCGGGAUUGAUUUCUAUGGUAGCGGAUUCUGUCCAGUCGGUCGUCAAGGAGGUCCUUUUAGGUUCCGAUUUCCCUUCCUCAUUAAUAAAAGUACAUAGAAAAUCGGAAAAACAAGAGUAAAAUAUUUGAUGUUUAUAUUUCGAUUUUGUUUUUCCGUUAAUAAUUGUAAAAAACUUUAAUUUUCACCGAAUAUACGUACAGUUAAUGGCGAUACAAUUUUCGUAAUAUGCCGAUGGUUUUUUUUUAAAAAUAUUUUUUUUGAAUUAUUAUUAUAGCUAUUCAAAAUACUGCGGGCUAUUUAUUAUUCAAAAUUGUCGAGGUUUUUUUAAAAUUGUUUAACUCCGUAAUAAAAGAUUACAAAAAUUCUCAAAAAUCUGUUACGAGGUUCAUUAUAUUACAGUCGUAUUUGUCGGCAAACACAAAAAUGUUACACCUAUCGUCGUGGUCGUAGGUUAUGUUUUUUCCGCUGGGUUUCCUAUAAUCUGACGACAACUUUUUACUAGCCUAUAAAUUAUACUGAGAGCACUCCACUCUGCAGCUUAUCAUUAUAAUUGAAUGGAUUCCCGACAAAAUUAUUACCUUAUUAUAAAUUACAAUAUAGGUAAUGUCUUAUCAUAUUGUUGUUGAAGAGACGACAUUUACUAAAAAAAAAAAAACUAAGCAAUUUUUUAAAGAAAAUCUUUGAAAUGUUAACGAUAAUAGGUAUUGUAUUAUUAUACUUACUAUAGAUCUAUAUGAUAGCGUAGGCACAAAUAUAAUUUAUAUUAUAUCUGCAAAUGUACGGUCAGUGGCGUUUUCAGAAAUAGUAGGACAUGUAGUAGAUAGUAAACAUCAUCUUCUGCUAUAUUCGACUAGACUACGCGAUUCUGAAAGCUAGAUUAAAAAAAAAUCUAAUUUUCAAUUAAAAAAUCAAUAUCUUUGUUAAACUUGUUUGAAAUACAUACAACAUUUCAAUAUUAAAUAACCAAGUUCCCAUAGUUAUUGUAUUUUCGAGCCAAUGUAUUUAAAAGUCCGUGCUCGCCACUGUGUAGGAAACGAUAUGACGGUCCGUGGAAGUAGAAUAAUAUUCUAUUUCUCAGUGGCGUGCCCAGGAAUUUCCGACGGAGAGUACGUAGUAAAUAAUAACCGCGAUUCGCGAAUAAAUCUUUUAGAAUCGUCUUAUGUUAUAAUUUUAAUUUGACGACGGGAAUUUAAUAUCCGGUUUCAAAAAAAAAAAAAAAGGCCAAUAUUUAUGCAAUAAAUCGAGCUUUCUUUCUAUGGCCAAAAGCUACAUAAUUUCUCGAUCAAAUUACCCAGUUGUUUUAUUUUUAAGGAACUCGGGGGCGGAAGUAAACAAACUUUUUAACAGGUCGACUAUAAUCAGUGAGCGUUAGGAUUUUUAGGAUCUUUGGUCCAGUAAAAUACGAGGAAAUCGCCGGAUGGCGAAUAAGAAAACAACAAAAAAUUAGAGGAACUUUUCCAGAGUCCAAACAUAUUAAAUAUAAUCCGGAGUGGAAAGUGACAGUGGGCUGGUGACGCCUGGCGUAGUCAGAACCCACUAUUGCACAUGGUGUAGGCAGAGAAUCCAGAAGGGAAAAUAUCUCUUGGACAAUGCCGUUUGAGGUGGGGAAAUGUGGUAAAGAGAGACGUAGAGUCGUUAAAUGGAGGCCCAGAUUGGAAAACAAAAGCAGCUGACAGAGAGACUUGGAUGAUUGGUUGUUUGACGGGGUGGUUCUAG